UUCUCGUGUACACCUCCAAGAUAACACCCCCGCGCGCUUUUUCGAACCCGCGAAAAUCUUCCCCAUAUAACUCUCUGCCGUUACUGCGAGUGUCUUUGGCUUCUUCAAUACUGCUUCCUUUUCUCUACAGGGAACGCCUCUUUAUGCUUCAGAUUCCCAGUUCGGAUUUUGAAGCCACGUUCGUUGCCUUCUUCAUUUCCUGUUCCUGUUAGGGUUUUGUCUGUCCAUGGGAGAUUGUCCAAUGUUAUAUUGGUCUUACGAGCUUGGCUUGUUCGUGCAAAACCCUAAAUUAAGGGAUUUUUAACAGUCGAAGACGAUGGGAAAAAGAAAUGGUGUCGUUGUGUUGUCAUCAGACGAUGAAGAUAAUAAUCGGUUGUUGACCGCGAGUCGAAGUAAUUCAAAGUCCAAGUCCAAGUCAUCUGCUCGUCGCACAAGCCCCAGAGAAGCAAAGAGAGCUCGCCUUUCGGGUUCUAGGUCCCGCUUUAGUCGAGAACCUAGCAAUGUGGAUGAGGUGAGGUUGUCUUUUGAAGAUUUUGAUGAAGUUCUAAAUGGGUUCAAGGUAUCUGCUGGUUCUGGAGGAAGAAAAACGAGAGACUUAUGGGUUGACAAAUACCACCCUCGUUCUUUGGAGGAGCUUGCUGUUCACAAAAAGAAGAUUGAAGAAGUGAAAAUGUGGCUCGAGGAAAGGUUCAGAGCUUCUAAGGAGGAAUUUGGUAAUCGGGUUCUUGUCAUCAGUGGCCAAGCUGGAGUUGGAAAAUCUGCAACUAUUCAUGUGAUUGCAUCUCAUCUUGGAGCUAGACUAUGUGAAUGGAAUUCACCUACUCCCACAAUUUGGCAAGAACACGUGUAUAACUCCAGUUCAGGACUGCGCUACACAUCUAAGUUGGACGAGUUUGAACACUUUGUCGGGAGAACAACAAAGUAUGGGUUGAUUCCCUCAUCUGUAUCUGGGGAGCCAAAAUCAUCAACCGUACUUGUUAUUGAUGACCUACCAGUGACAAAUGGGCGAGUUGCUUUUGAAAGACUACAAAACUGUCUGCUUCUUCUUGUCAGAUCAACCCAGAUGCCAACAGUUAUAUUGAUUACUGACUAUGGUAAAACAGAUUCAGCUGACAAAACUGCACUAUGCUUGGGACAACUUCAGCUGUCUCUUGAAAGUGCUGGGGCUUGUAAGAUUGCAUUCAACCCCAUAACAAACAAUUCCAUUAAGAAGACACUUCUGAGAAUAUGCAGACUAGAGCACUGUAAUGUAACUGCUGAAGAGAUUGAUUUAAUCACAAAAGCCAGUGGUGGUGACAUCAGGCAUGCAAUUAUGUCUUUACAACUUUUCUUGCUGAAAUCGGAUCCGAAGAUUAAUUUAUUGUCAUCCUGUUGUACUCCUUACUCCAAAGAAAGGGGAAAUGAGCUCAAUGCUUUGGACAAUGGAUUGUCUUUGCAGUUUGGCAGAGAUGAGACCCUUUCUCUAUUUCAUGCCCUGGGAAAGUUUCUGCACAACAAACGAGAGACUGAGAAUGCCAUUGGAUUGGGCAAUUCUGAAUUUCUUGUACAGAAGAAAUUUGCAAGACUACCGUUAAAAAUGGAUGCUCCAGAAAAGGUUCUCUGUCAGGCACAUGGGCAAGCGAGGGCUGUAACUGAUUUUCUUCAUGAAAAUGUGUUGGAUUUUCUGAGUGACGAUGCAAUAAACGAUGCGUGGUCUGUGCUGUCAUAUUUAGGUGAUGCUGAUUUGCUGCUUGCUUCCUUCCGGGGAAUGUUUACAAAACAUAAUGAGACAGAGAAUGUUUUACAAUCAACUGCUGCUUCAGUGGCUGUUCGUGGGGUAUUAUAUGGAAAUGCCAAUCCACUGCAUUCAAGGUGGCAUGCUAUUCGCCGACCAUACCUCUGGCACGUUGAGCAAUCAUCCUUGUCGAACAAGAAGGAGAUGAUGAAGCAGAAAUUUAUUGCUUAUAAUGCAUCCAACGAUGUAGUAAUAGCCACUGAAUACAACCCUGCGAUAAAGUGGCUCGGAUUUAGAGCUUCUGGCAGUCACAGAGUCGCUGACAAUUUUGAGAGUUCAGACGAUGAAAAAAGUAAUGAGAUAUCUGAGGAUGAGAUAGAAGAUUGGUGAAAAAUAAGAUUUAAGAGUUUAGUCUUAGUGUUGGCCAUAUUUUAAUACAUUAACUCUUGGUAUUUGGGUUUUUCCUUUCUAAUAUUACAGGGAUCAUCAGUGUAAAUAUGCAUAUUUGGAUA